UAUUUUUUUGAAAUGAGACAGUCUUUGAAAAUUCUUAAAGAGAAAUAAGACUCAUCUCACACAAGCAAACUACCUAUGUGGAAUGUAGACAUUUUUUCUUGCAUGUGUGCUGACGUAAGGAUAUUUGGACUCUAGUGUUGACGGCCAAUUUAAAUUGAAAUAUGUUGGUCUCCGCUUCUUUAAAAGGCGAGGGACGUUCAUGACUCUGACACAAAAUUAGCAAUAGUGACCCAUAAAAUAACAUAGUCAUAGGCUUUGUUUGAUCAUUCAUCAGUUUUGUGACCAAUGGCAACAGUGCAAUUCAUUUUCGCUAAUGGUGGUUCGGGAGAAGCUAGCUACGCAAACAAUUCCUCCUUUCAAAGUCAGAUGAUAUCAAAAGUGAAGCCCAUACUGGAAGAAAGUAUGAUGACCCUGUAUUGCAACUCAGUCCCAUGCUGUUUCAAAGUGGCCGAUUUAGGUUGCUCUUCAGGACCAAAUGCACUUCAGGUGGCAUAUGAUAUUAUUGAUGUUGUUGAUAACAUAAGUAGCAGCUUUAACCGUGAGCCACCCACAUUCCAAAUUUACCUCAACGAUCAAUUUCAAAACGAUUUCAACAACAUCUUUGAGUCCCUACCUUACUUCUAUGAAAGGCUACGACAAGAGAAGGGAGAGAAGUUUAGUCCAUUUUUCAUUAAUGCAACGCCCGGAAGCUUUUAUGGGAGACUCUUCCCAAGCAAUUCCAUGCACUUUUUUCAUUCUUCCACCAGCCUUCAUUGGCUCUCUCAGGCUCCAAAGGGGUUGGCUAAGGAAACAGGAUUGGUUAACAAGGGAAACAUUUACUUCACAAACACAAGCCCAUCCGAAGUGUACCAAGCAUACCUUGACCAGUUUAGUCAAGAUUUCAAUCUGUUUCUAAAAUUACGUGCGGAGGAAUUAGUGCGUGGUGGUGGCAUGGUUCUAACAUUUGUUGGUAGAGAUGAAACUUGUGACAUAAUCACUCCUUGGGGGUUAAUUGGUUUGGUUCUCAAUGACAUGGUUUCAGAGAGUUUGGUUGAAGAGGCAAAGUUGGAGUAUGUUAAUAUGCCAAGAUAUGGUCCUACUGCAAAGGAAGUGAAACAAUUGAUCGAUGCAGAAGGGUCUUUCACUCUUGAGAAGUUGGAGACAUUCAAGUCGCGUUGGGAUGAGGGCUUGAAGGAGAAUGGUAAUGGUGAUUUCGUAUUAGACACAAAUGUCAGAGCCAAUUUCAUAGCCAAAUAUGUGAGAGCUACUACCGAACCUUUCCUGACGGCACGGUUUGGAGAAGGAAUAAUUGAUGAAUUAUUCAUUAGAUUUAGAAAGAAGGUUGCGGAACUAUUGGAAGAAGUGACAUUAGAGCAUGCUUACCUGGUCAUGUUUAUGACAAAAAAAUGAUACAAAUUACUCAAGUUAAAGAACUAUUUGUAUGGUUUUUUUUCUUCUAAAUAUGUUAAUCUCUGUUAAAAUCUCUAAUGGAGGUGCUUAACUUGUGUGUGUGCAUAAUAAGAUCUGAUGCUUAAUGAGAGUAAUGCAUUGGAGAGAGUUUUUGAUAAGUGAGUGAAGCACCAAGUGCUUAUAUUUGCAACGGUGCUAAAGUUGCUUGUAGGCUCUGCCUCAAUGGAUGCAUUUCAAGUUUUUCCUGUUUUCUUUA